AUGGACCAGACAUUCCCACCGGCGAAGGCGGAGAUUGUGGAGGCUGAACCUCCAGUGUUUGCUGAGUUCAACAGGAUAGCCACGACAAACCUGGAGAAUGACUUUUUGGUGCUGUUGACCGCUACACACCACGCUUUGUCACAAUCUUCAAGUCCAAGAAAGGAAGUGUUGGAGAGAAACUGGCUGGAGAUUGUGCAGCAAAUUGAUUCAAGGAAACCAGAUGUGACAGCAGUGCGUCCCCUUGUUCUCCAAGGCAUCCCUGUUCUGCUUGGUGAUGACCCCAGUAACUUCUACAACACCUCCUUUGAUUCUGACAGUGAUGAGGCCUGGGACCAGGUAUCUGUUGGGUUGCUGACUGUCAUCAGUGAAGAUGUGCCCCUCUCGCCAAAUCAUCUCCAUCUUGACCCAGUGUCUACUGCCAUCAUUCUUGAAGGAGGUAUUGUAAUGAACAAUCUCCAGAACCUACCUCAAGCACUUUGCCUCUUCUUUGGGUUGUCCUAUGCACUACACUUGGACUACCCUAAAGCCAUGAAAAACACAUUCAGCUUCAUUCAACGAGUGAUGCUUGGCCUGGGAGAGAACAAACUCCCCCCCAAACUUCAAACUCUUAAAAAUCUCCUGUUGAGUUAGAAUGGUAAAAAUCAAGAGUGACACUUGGCAUACAAUCUUGUUUAUAAAAGUGGGUCCAGUUGCUUUUUAUUGUUAGCUAAAUUAAGGCACUCCUUUCAUAUUGUUUUAUAUCCACUGGGUUCAUCAGCAAGUUACAUUUAGAGGCUGCAGGUGUAUGGUCAUUCAUACGUGUAUGAGAUCGGUUGCCAUAGUCAUUAUUGUACAAUAACUGGAUGUCACUUGUAAUAGUCAGCAGGUUGAUACUGUCAGCAGUUUGGUCUUUAAACUUUAUUGUUAAUACAAAAGUAAAGCAGUUUCUCAGGAUUAUGUUAAAUAAAAGGUCAGGGUUGGAAUUUUCUUUCCACAAAUGAGAAAUUUAUGUCUUUUUAUAAAGCCAAAUACAUUGGCUGCCAAUUAUUACUGGAAGAUUAUUGAAGAACAAUUUUGGUACCGA